CUUCCUAUUCCACCGGAUACUGAAGAUCACUACGCUAAUUCAGAGAGCAAAUGGCGUAAACAAGACGAUGAGCCCGUUUUGUAUAGAGAUAAGUAUAUUGCUGUUACAACUACUUACUUAUAUAUUUUUAAUUACUACAUGCCGGAUGGAAGGGAUAAGGCUAUCGCUUUGACUAGUAUAAAAAAUAUACAAACUGAUAAAGAAGCGAAUAUCUCUGCCUGGGCAUUUCAAAAAUGGGGAUCUGGGUCAAUAGAUCUUUGGUGGGCAAAAGAUUUUGGAAGAUGGAAAGGUCAUGAUUUGUGUGUGAUUGUUACUGUUGACCGUGGUGUGGUCAAACGAAAAGGAUUUACCUUGGAAAAUAUUAAAGGCUUGCAUACUCUUAAAGAAGCCUGGAAAAAGGCGAAUGGACUACCUUACGAAGAUGAUGGAUAA